AUGACGAUGGCAGAUGAACACGAACAAAAGCAAGUGACUACUACACGCGCAGAUGUACUGCUCGAAAAAAAAUGGCCCGCGGAACUGGACAUUCUCCAAUCCGCGUUUCCAUAUCACUUCCAAUCGACCGUGCUUCGCGUUUUGGCGAACGCGGAGGGAUGCUUGGAAAAAGCGGGAGAAAUGCUUUUACAAACGCCGAAAGAUUUGGACGACGCAUACGUCGCGACGAAGACGAAGAGCGGGAGAGAGGUGAAAACGCCGCUCAUGUCCGGCGACGAACUGUUUGCACAAAACGGUGGAGGACAUGCGAUGAAACCGAAACGAGAGGAGAAGUUUUGGUGUCAAGUGUUGAGGGAAGAGACGACGAAAGUCCUCCCGGAGGAGGAAAAAGAAGGAAAGGAGAAGAGUAAAGAAGAAGAAACGAGCGACGAUGACGGAGAGAAUACUCGAGAACCAAAACCGACUGGCGCGGCGAUGAUGAUCGCUUUGGGUGGCGGCAUCGGGACCAGAGACGCGGUCGCGUGGGAGUCCGAUCGAUGGCCGACGGUAUCGUCGAACGAGGAAGAAGACGAUGCGAAGAAAUUCUCGGAGAAGAACGUGGAGAAAGUUUUGGGAUGGCGCGAGAAAAAAAGCGCGACAAAGGAAACGACGACGGAAACGACGGAAACGAAAGAGAUUGAGCUUUUGGUGAAGUUUAAAAACGUCGCGUAUUUCCACUCCCGAUGGGUUCCAGAAUCCUUCGUCGAGAAGCAAAGAUUGACGCAACUGUACAUCAAGUUUCCGAAGGUGGACCCAGUCACCGGGGAAGCCAAUACGAAGAGUGUGUCCGUGGACGUGGCUAAGGAGGUCAUGGAACUAGAUAAAAUUGUCGCGGUGAAACCUGGAGCGUUGUAUCUGUGCAAGUGGAAAGGCUUGAAUUACGACGAGUUGACGGAGGAAUCGUUCGAGUUUGUCGAGGAACAUUUUCCUUCGUGCGUACCGGAUUUCAACAAGGAGGAGAUGCGAUGGACGGAGAAGAACGAAAAAGCGGGCGAAUUAGAAGACGCCGCAAAGAAACCCGAGGACGGCGAAGUGCGAGCGAAAGUGUGGACGACAAACGAUGCUUUGAUCGAACCGGAGAAGUUCAACGGCAAACACACCGAUUUCAUUUUGCGCGAGUAUCAAGCCGAAGGCGUCAAAUGGAUCACGAGCAAUUUUCACGCCGGUCGUCCAGGUUGCAUCUUAGCCGAUGAGAUGGGAUUAGGUAAAACCGCGCAAGCAAUUAACGUUUUAGAAGUUGUUUGUGAACGCGUACGCCCGGACCUUCCAACGCUGGUCGUCGCGCCGUUGUCUACGUUAGUGAACUGGGAACGCGAGUGCCAAACGUGGAUACCGCAUUUGAACGUCGUCGUGUACAGCGGAACCGCAAAAGCGCGCGCGGAAAUCCGAGACAAGUGUUUGUGGCCUAAAGACGAGCAAUCAAACACUUUAUCCCCGGGGUCGAGAGCGGACGUCGUGUUGACCACGUACGAGAUGGUGAACUUUGAUAAAAACGCGCUCGGUAAAAUUGAAUGGUCCGCGGUAGUUGUCGACGAGGCGCACAAGUUGAAAAACAGCGAAGGUAAACUCUUCAACGAACUUUCCUUGUUUAAAAAGCAAAAGACGUUGCUAUUGACCGGCACGCCGUUGCAAAACAACGUCGGCGAAUUGUGGAGUCUGUUGAAAUUCGUCGACCCGCAACGAUUCGCCGAACGCGAAAAAUUCGAAAAAGUCUUCGGCAACAUCUCCACCGCGAAUCACGUGGACGCGCUGCACGCGGUGUUAAAACCGUACCUGUUGAGACGUUUGAAAACGGAUGUGGAGCAAAAGUUGCCCCCGAGAGUUGAAACGUUAGUCGAGUGCGAGUUGGCGCCGUUGCAAAAGAAGUGCUAUCGCGCGUUGUUUGAGCGCAACUUUUCGUUCUUAUCCUCGGCGUCUGGCUCGGACGAUGCGACGAUCUCAAUGAAGGAGGAAGAGAACGGCGAGAAUGCGCUUUCUAUGUUUCGCAACGUCAUGAUGGAAGUGCGCAAGUGCUGUCAACACCCGUUCCUUCUCGACGGCGUCGAAAAUGCCGUUUCGAACGGAACGAUGACCGUUACCAUCGACAAACUCGUCUCGGCGAGCGGGAAGUUGCAAUUGCUCGAUAAGCUUUUGCCGAAAUUGAAAGCGAACGGCUCGAAAGUUUUAAUCUUUUCACAAAUGACGCGCGUUUUAGACGUUUUAGAAGAUUACAAUCGCGCCAGAGGCCAUAAAUACGAGCGAUUAGAUGGUGGCGUGACUGGAAAGAAACGCCAAGAAUCCAUCGACCGAUUCUCCGCGGAAGAUUCCGAGGCGUUUUUGUUCUUAUUAUCCACUCGGGCCGGCGGUCAAGGCAUCAACUUGACCAAAGCGGAUACAGUCAUCGUGUUUGAUUCGGAUUGGAACCCGCAAAACGACGCGCAAGCGUUAGCCAGAGCGCACAGAAUUGGCCAAACGAAAGCAGUCCAGGUGUACCGCUUGGUUUCGAGAGGGACGUACGAGAAGGAAAUGUUUACUCGAGCGUCCAUGAAACUUGGUUUAGAACAAGCCAUUUUCGGCGAUAUCAAUAAUAACGAUAGCGAUAAAGAGAACGCUGCGCUGCAACAACAACAACAACAACAACAACAACAACAAAAGCCCUCCGCGAAAUCGGCGAAAGAGCAAAGACAAGAAGUUGAAAAUUUGCUCAAGCACGGAGCGUACGGGCUCCUCACCGAAGCUCGAGAAGAGGCGGAGAAGAGAUACCAGAAGUGGGGCUCCGACGAUAUCGACUCGAUUUUGCAAAACUCGGAGCAAAAAGUCGUCGACGCCGAGGAGGACGAGAAAGAAAAGCGGCCGUCGGAUAAGAAGAAGGAAAAGUCUUCUUUGUUUGCCACGGCGACGUUCGCCUCGGAAGCUUCGGAGAAGAUGAACGUAGAUUUAGACGAUCCGGAUUUUUGGCAAAAGUUAAUGCCGGAACAAGCCGAGGAAGAAAAGCGUCUGGAAGCGCAAAAGAAACGCCUGGAAGAGCAAAAACAACAAGCGUUGUUACUCUCGGCGAAGAAGAAAGAAGACAGACGCAUGGCCAACGGCGAGAUUUGGGAGUGGUCGUGGCAAGAGAAACGCUCUUCGUUGGAUAAAUUAGCCAUGUUUGGUUUUGGAAACUGGGAGAAGAUCUACGACACCGCGCAGUUGAAGAACGACAAAACUAUCGCGCACUUGAAAGCGUUUUGCAGACGCUAUGCGUCUUUGGUUGUCCAACGUCACGAAGCGAUUACGCCGGUGUUGCGCGAAACCGUUUUCGGCGAAAUCGACGAGGACGAAAAAGCCAUCGUACAUUUAGCCACCGGCGGUGAAGAUUAUCUCAACGAAAUCUUCGCGGACCGACAUUUUUACACGCACUGCAAAGAGCGAUCGUCAGAAGACGCUUUGAAGUUGGAAAUGUUGCUGUGCGGAUGGAAAGCGGUCCAAGAAGUUGGCGGCAUUGAAGGCGCCUCUAUGGAGUUGGACGUCCCAGACGUCUCCAUGGGACCAACAGAUCAACAAAAGAUCGCCCCGCCGGCGAAAUGGUGGAACGAAGCGCACGAUCGCGCGUUGAUUUGUGGCACUUUCAAGUGGGGUUUCGGAAAAUACAACGACAUUCGCGACGACGAGGAGUUAGCCUUCGCGUGGGAUUUUAAGGGUAAAGUCGCGCCCGAGGAAGAGAAGAAGAAGAAAGCGGUCCCCGUCGCGAAAUUGCCGGUGGCGACGUUGCCGGGCGGUGGCAUCAUCGUUGACGUGCCCGAAUUCGGUGGAGGUGUUCAGGACAUGGAUAUCGAUAAAGCUGCCGACGACGACCUCAUGGCGAGCAUGCGCAUGAUGGAAAAGAAAGAAGACGAGGCCACCGCUUUGCCCGCAAUCGCGACGGACCUGCAGGAGCAGCCGCAGCAGCAGCAGCAAGAAGACGACAUGGAGACGGAAAAACAAUGGGUACACGGCCGCCAUCUCGCCUACCGCAUCCGCCGCCUCUUUGCCGCGCUCGGAAACAAACCGUUAAACGCGUUCAGCAUCAAGCGCGACAGCGCGGCGUUGCCGAAACCGCCAAAAGCGCCGAAAGAACCGAAACCAAAGAAGGAAAAGAAACCGAAAGCACCGAAAGUACCGAAAGAACCGAAACCGAAAAAAGAAAAGAAACCAAAAGCACCGUCUCUCGGCCGUCGCGCGGGAGGCGGCGCGGGUGGCGACCCUCUCGCCAAACUCGAGAGAGCCGCGCAAGCCGUGAAAGAGUUGCCUCGAAAAGAAGCCGACGAAACCGGUUACGAAGCGUUUCAAACGCCCAUCGGUCCCGUAGGCGGCGUCACCAUCGAAUGUUUAGGUACGGUGUUGCACUCGCCGGAAGACGCCAAGAAAGGAUGGUCGAACGUGAACUACAUCUUACCGCUCGGUUUCAAAACCACAAAGUUGUAUUCCAAAUUAGACCCGGAAAAUUUGGAAGAGAAGUGCACGUGGACGCAAGAGAUUAAAAUGGACGAAUCCGAGAAAACGCCGCUCUUUUCCUUGACCACGGAAGACGGCUCCAUAGUCAUCGAAAAGAAAUCCGCGACCGCGUGUUGGGGCGAAGUUUUGCAACGCGCGAAAACCAUCCGCGAACAAAAAGGCGAGGCGGCGAAGAAAACCGCCAUCUCCGGACCGGAAUUCUUUGGGUACUCGUUACACACCGUUCGAUUGAUGAUUGAACAGUUACCGAACGCGGAGAAGUGCGACGAGUACGUCGCUUUAGAGAAGACGCUACGAGACGCCGUCGCUAGACAGCAAAAGGAGAAAGAAGCCGCCGCUUCUGAAGCCGUCGAAAAUGCUCCGACGACCAAAGAAGAAGGAGAAGAGAAGGAAGAAGCCGCCAACGACGAAAACGCCGACGCGUCCAUCUCGGGGACGAUCUCGCCCGCUCGAAUCACCACCCCAAUCUCCCCAUCUCGCGCGUUCGACUCCCUCAAAACGACGCCGUUGAAGCAACAAUCCCCCUCGCUCUCCAACGCCAAGAAACGUCCGUCCCCGACCCAAAUUUCCAAAGGAGGAUCAGGAAAGGGAUCCUCCUCCCAAAAGAAGACGAAGAAAACCGCCAAAGCCUCUCCCCUCGCCGCGGGGGAUGAAAACGAAGGAGAAGAAAACGACGACGUCACUCAGAGCGACCGAAAAAGAAACGACGGUAAAAAGCGCGGUGGUGGUGUCGGUACCAAGCUCCUCUCCGCCAUCAAAAAGAAGAUGUUCAAAGCGUAA